CCCACUCUCGCCGGCAAGCCACCUGCCCGACCCGACCCGACCCGGAGACCCCCUUCUCCAUCCGCUGACCCCGAGCCCGGCGGAGGGGGUGAGUGUCUGAUGCCCCUCGAGGAUGAGUCCCGCGCUGGAAGCCAUGCAGGCCGAGCAGCAGGGCUUCUCCGCCAAGGGGGUGCUGCUUGAGCCCUUCGUGCACCAGGUGGGCGGCCACUCCUGCGUCCUGCGCUUCAGCGAGCAGACGAUCUGCAAGCCUCUCAUCCCCCGCGAGCACCAGUUCUACAAGAGCCUGCCGGCCGAGCUGAGGAGGUUCACGCCGCAGUACAAGGGUGUGGUGUCGGUGAGUUUCGAGGGGGAUGAGGAAGGGAACCUGUGCCUCAUCGCCUACCCCCUGCACAGCGACGCCGGAGAGCUGGAGAAGAACGUGGACCCCUCGGCCGACUGCGAGCCCAAGAACAAGAUGGUCAAGUGGGGGAACAAGAAGCAGGGGCUCCUGCUGGACAACGAGAACUACAGCAAGGAGAGAGCCCGGCAGCUGCGCAAGGAGGAGAAGCUGAAGAGCCACCGCGAGGAGGAGUGCGAGUGGGCGAACCAGUCAGAGGUGCUGCGCUACAGCCUGGAGAAGGGCAACGUGAAGGCGCAGUUCAAGCACAACCCCUGGAGCAUGAAGUGCCACCAGCAGCAGCUGCAGAGGAUGAAGGAGAACGCCAAGCACCGCAACCAGUACAAGUUCAUCCUGCUGGAGAACCUGACCUGGCGCUACGCCAUGCCUUGCGUGCUGGACCUGAAGAUGGGCACCCGGCAGCACGGCGACGACGCCACCGAGGAGAAGAAGGCCAACCAGAUCCGCAAGUGCCAGCAGAGCACCUCGGCCAUCAUCGGGGUCCGCGUCUGCGGCAUGCAGGUGAGCAGGCAGGGGGGCCUGGGGCAGGAGAGAGAGACGAUAGGAGAGAGAGAGUGGACACUUGGAGAGAGAGUGGACACUGUGAGCUGUUUCUCGGUGGAGAGAGAGAGUGGACACUGUGAGCUGUUUCUCAGUGGAGAGAGAGUGGACACUGGCGGCGGCGGCGGCGGCGGCGGGAGGGGCGACAAGGGCUGCCCCCUGGUGGACGUGCGGAUGAUCGACUUCGCUCACACCACGUGCCGCCACUACGGCGAGGACAGCGUGGUGCACGAGGGGCAGGACACGGGCUACAUCUUCGGCCUGCAGAACCUCAUCGCCAUCAUCAAGGAGCUGGAGGACGACAGCGGCGACUAGAGCCCGGGAGAAUCCCAGCUCUUCCCUUCGCGCCCGAGACCGGACACUUCCGCGGAGCACAGAGAGGGUGCCGGGACGGAUACGAGGCCGAGGACGUCUGUGAUGCAUGCACGGCCGGGAGCCUGUCCCGCUGUGGCCCAGCGGCCUGUUACUGACCGCUGGGGGAGGGGGGGUGUAAUCUGACAUCAUAAACGGACGCCUGCGUGUUUUCUGCCAAGAGCGGCUGUAGUUUUUGUCUGUCAGGGAACGGGGGGGGGUGUGACCUGACCCGUCCUCUUCUGUAUCUGUGCGUUCAUUUGUUGGUUUCUUCGACUCUCGAAACUGUCGUUUUUCAUCCCCCUUCUUUUCCAGUGCUGUGUUACAGGGGAGGAAACAAAAAAAAGCUCUGGAGUGUUUUCUUUUUCGAAACGGGGGGGAAAAGAG